AUGCCUCAUCCUGAAUGCAAGGGCUUUACUUCUCCGCCAUCGUUUCCCGCUGCUCACUAUGGCACUGGCGGUCUCAUCGACCAUGGUUUUCACUCGUCCAAAAGUCUCAGAACUUCAGCUAUCCGCCAAUCCGCAAAAAUAUGGCGGUCUUCUCCAAAAGGCUUGCAUGACGAGGUUUUAGCGGUUGUGGAGUAUCAAUGUGGACAGUCACAGGGAUCUCGCGCCAAUGAAGCGACCGGUAUUUGA